UGCGUUUUUGGAAAAAUUUUAUAUAUCGUAUUAAAUAAAUGACACGCGAUUUGAAAACGCCCGCUGAUAUGGCAUAAAAAGUGAGGUUAGCCAUGUCUUUCCUCUUCGACCAAUUAAACUUUCUCUCGGUGUGAACACGUGCGUUUAACGUCUAAGAAGUUGGCUCUUAUCGUAAGAGCAUUAGCUCUUUGGUCGAAUACAUAACCAAGAUUUAAAUCGAUUUCGUCGUCUAACUCGUUUAGGUUAGAAAGAUGGCGAAACUGAGACGCGCGGUUUGGGGUCUUUCGUCCAAUUUUGCAUCUAACCGAUACUUUUCUCGUUUAUUAACUGCACCAUGGUGCAAUAUCCACACGACUUUGUCACUUAACGGAUUCUCCUCGAAUACUGCUGUUGACACCGAUAAUGCAUUGAUUAUCAGCGAUAGUUGUGUGAAACGUCUAAAAGAAAUAGCAAACGAGAAUGCAUGUUUGAGAGUUACCGUAGAAGGUGGAGGCUGUUCCGGAUUUCAAUAUAAAUUUGAUUUGGAUUCAAGCAUACACGAAGACGAUAAAAUAUUUCAGAAGGAUGGUGCUAAGGUGAUUAUAGAUUCGACGUCUUUAGAAUAUAUAAAAGGGGCGACCGUAGAAUAUCAUACAGAGUUAAUACGUUCUGCAUUUAGGAUAAUCAAUAAUCCUUUAGCGGAACAGGGAUGUAGUUGCGGUGCUAGUUUUUCCAUUAAAAUGAAUUAAUUUUCUUUCUAUAUAUUAUUUUUUAGCUAGAUAAUGAUUAGGGAUCUACCUUAUAUGUAUAAGAUAACUUAUAAAUCUCUGCAAUUUCACGUACGAUCCUAUUUCCACUCUCUAUCUUGAUUAUUAUUGUAAAUAUAUUACAUACAUGUAGCCAUCCCACUGAACGAGAAACUUACGUGAAGAUGCGUUGUAAAUGUAAGUUUAUCUUUGUAGAUAAAAGAUUUAAUAAUGUAUAAAGCGUACAACAUAGAUUAUUAUUAUUAUUAUUAUUAUUAUUAUUAUUAUUAUUAUUAUUAUUAUUAUUAUUUGAAAAAUAUUGAGAUACUUGUGGAAAGUGAAAGAGAAGUUGUCUUUGAUAUCAUAUAUUUCCUAUCUAAUACUUUAUAUAAUAAUAUUGUCAAAGAACAUAUUCAAUAGCAAUAUUUCCUUUUGAUUUCAUAAAUAGCAUAACACAAAUCUGAGUAUGAGGAUAGUAAUGGCGUUGUUGUAUGUCUGGCAUGAAUUUCUUACACGCGCACGCACACGCACACGCACACGCACACGCACGCACACACACAUUUAUAUACAUAAUUUUAAAUUGAUCAAUGAACACGAUUAUCGUGAAUGCGAAUAUUAUACUAAUAUUAUCGAUGGAAUGCCUCUGACGCCUCUGAUGGUCGGGAACCAAGUAUAAAUCACUUUUGUUUUCCUUUUCUAUUGUUCUGCAACGUAAUGGAGGAUGCGUUAACUGAUAAGCGUUAAGAAUAUGAUACAUUGAGAGAGCAUUGAAUAUCCUUUUACCUUAUUCGCUAAUUCAAAUUUUAAUUGUUGGAUUUCCUCCGUCUGACAAAUAAGCUUAUCAUUCAUAUUAGCAAGAUGUUCGCUCAUUGUACUGAGCUGCGCUUUAUAAUUUCCCUCUUGUGUCUCUUUAUCCUUUUGCAGGCUAUUACAAUUGGAGAGGGCUUCCGAAAGUGCCAGCUCGCAUUUUUCUCUUUUCGACUCGCACGUAUCUAAAUGCGCGUGCAUCACUUCGUCCUAAAACAUAGGGAAUA